AUGGCUGGCUACCACCAUCCUCUGCCCCCUCAAGAUAGCUCAACAGCUCUACACGAAAAAAUACUGCUCUAUCAUGCCUUUAUACUCGACCAAGACUUGGCCAUGUACCAUUCAAAGCCGCCCUCACUUACGAGCGACCUGAUUUCCUGUCUACCAGAGGAGGAUCCCGAAGAUGGGCGGAACACGCUAAGGUUUGACGAUGGAUCCACAAUGAACUGGCUCCGUGAGCAGGUCAUCCUGGCGAAUAUCCAAAACAAAGUCUAUGACAAGCUUCGCUCGCCACGGGCGUCUGCACAAUCUCCAGAACAGUUAUAUGUCGCAGUGAUGGAGCUCGAUGAAGAGUUACAAAGUUGGAGGCAGAACAUUCCUGAUAUGGCUCGACCCCAAACUCCUUUAACUGGCUUGGAUGACAUGCGAUUGAUGCCUCUAACCGUACUCCAUUUCUGUUACUUUCAACUUCUUAUAUCUAUUCACUCCGUGGUUUUCAGCAAGGCUGUCCCUCUCUGGAAUCAUUACGAAGAGAGUGACUUGGUCAUCUCUAGUGUUGCAUUGUGCGUUAGUGCCGCGCGGGCCUCGAUUUCCUUACUGAACUAUCAUGACCAAGGCCACCCCUUCACUAUAUACCUGGUAUAUCACAUCGCAUGGAACGUCGAUAUCCUACUUAUCAGCAUUUUGGAAAACAAAACUGCCCCGCAGGCCCGCGAGGAUUUAGAUCUUCUGGGCACGGUGAUCAGGUUCUUUGAAAAGCACGAUCCAAACUGCGAAAGUGCCGUUCCUUAUCAUAUCACUCGGCUGUAUUACCAAGUUGCACUUCGAGCUGUCAACAAUGCAACUGCUGCUUCACAAAACGCCCCUCAAGAAAGCUCCGCUGGACCUUUAGCUACAGCCAAGAACAAUGAGGAUAGCUCAAGCUUUCCAUAUUCUAACCAUGGUGACUCAAUGGAUACUGGUACAGCAACACCAGUAUCGGGUUUAAACGGGUCCCCAAACCCUCUGUUAUAUUCUUGGGGGAUGCAGCUCAGCUUCCUACCUGAGCUUUGGCAGGAUCCUCAUCUGGCCAUGUUGGAUGACGGCUUAGCUGAACACUCACCCGACGUUUAA